GCUUUCUGUGUCUGCUCUUUGUGCUGUCUCUGUACAGUACUGUGCUGGAGCUGCCAAGAUGGCUGCAAGCAAUUACUUCGGUUUUACACAUGGUGCCGGUCCCCAAUACAGUGCCCAGCCCCCCCCUGCCUACUCCCACCCCUCCACAGCUAGCUACAGUGUCCAGCAGGCUCCAGCUGUGGCCCACGCCGUCACCGCCUCCUACUCGCCAGCCCCCGCCCAGGCCGCGCGGCCCGUAGCCUCCACCCCCUACCCCGCCUACCAAAGCCACCAGGCCCCUCCAGACUACACCUACAGGCAGCCAGACCCCCCAGCCCCACCGCAGCCCACCACCACCCCGCAGACGUACCAGGUAUACUCCGACACGGACAAUUACAACUAUGGACGUCCUGCUGCCGUGACAACCUAUGACAAUAAACAGUACUACCAGACGAGUAUCGCCACCGCUCAGAGAACGGCCACAGAAAACUACUACCAGACUGUUGGAGUAAAGAGCGCCUACAGCCCAGCCCCCUCCACCGUGUACAGUCAGCCCCCCCCUCCCCAGAGGCAGGUUACAGCUCUGAAACCCAUUGCCCCCUCCAGCUCUGUGUCAACCAGCUACAACAUUUACCCAGUGUCCACCAGCAUCCAGCAGCCCCCCACACCCAUUUCAUCGUACACCUUAGGCUCCUCCUUCAGCUCCAGUGUUUCAGCCACAUCCUACUCAGGCAUCAAUUACUCCAGUUAUGACUCAGCUGGCUAUACCUCCACUUCCACCCCCUCUUAUUACCAGCCAGCGCAGCAGACUCUCACCCAGCCUCCGCAGCAGCAGCCCCAGCAGCCCCAGCCCCCCCUCCAGCCGCCACCGAAGCAGCUCACAAGCUCCUCCUGGAGCAACUCAGGCAGCAACAUGGUGGCAACCCCAGCAGGGAACACAUACAAAAAGCCCACAUUUCACCAGAACAAGUUGCAGAAGCCCAAAGGGCCUCCUAAGCAGCCGCAGCUCCAUUACUGCGACAUUUGCAAGAUUAGCUGUGCAGGCCCUCAGACGUACCGGGAACACCUGGAGGGCCAGAAGCAUAAGAAGAAGGAGGCAGCCCUGAAGUCUGGGGGCCAGACGGGGGCCAGCAAUGGGCCUAGAGGAGUUCAGACCCAGUUACGUUGUGAGUUAUGUGAUGUAUCAUGUACUGGAGUGGACGCCUAUGCUGCCCACAUCCGCGGAGCCAAACACCAGAAGGUGGUGAAACUUCAUACCAAGCUUGGUAAGCCGAUACCGUCCACUGAGCCGGUGUUGGUGAAUUCUUCUCCUGUUGUUACAACAUCAACUGCUGGAAAACUUCCAGCGUCCACCUCUGCUCCCUCUUCAGUCUCAACCACUUCAACUCCUACAGUGACUCCCAAACAGGCGGCUGCAAAUGCCACUGUCAAAACAAUAGCACCUGUCAAGAAACCAGCUCCUUCCAAAAUAACUGUCAUUUCCAGUAAACCCAUCAGCGCUCCAGCAGCAGUGUCAACAGCAGCUGCAGUGGUUUCAGCUGCCAAAGUGGACGAGCCGAUGCAACAGUCACUAAAGAUGGACCCUCAGAGUGAGGAUGAGGAUGGUGACAGAAGCGGUAGUCAGGGGGACAUCCAGCCAGUAGGACACGAUUAUGUAGAGGAGGUCCGUAAUGAUGAUGGUAAAGUGAUUCGAUUCCACUGUAAACUGUGUGAGUGCAGCUUCAAUGACCCCAACGCUAAAGACAUGCACCUGAAGGGAAGAAGGCACAGGCUGCAGUACAAGAAAAAAGUGAACCCUGAGCUUCCAGUGGAAAUCAAACCCAGUAACCGGGCCCGGAAACUGCAGGAGAGCAAACUGAAGAAGCAGAAGCAAAAGGCAGUGCUAAAGCGACAGAGAGAUGAUGAACAGCGCUGGCACAUGGAGAUGAGGCGGUAUGAAGAGGACCUGUACUGGAGGAGAAUGGAGGAGGAACAGAUGUACUGGGGGGAGCAGCGCCGUCGGAUGGCCCCUCCACCUCUGAUGAGUCGUCCAGGGAUGCCAGUGCCCCCUCUAUUGACCUGUGUGCGUCGACCGGACUCUCCCGAUGACCGGCACAUCAUGGCUAAACACUCAACCAUCUACCCGGUGGAGGAGGAGCUGCAGGCUGUUCAGAGGAUCGUCUCCCACUCGGAGAGAGCCCUCAAACUGGUGUCAGACUCCUUACUGGAGAAGGAGACUCCAGGUCCACCCGCUGCUGCUACCGAAGAAGGAGACGAAAAAGGUACAGAGAAUGCAGCGCGGCUGCUUAAAGGAGUGAUGAGGGUGGGCAUCCUGGCCAAAGGCCUGCUGCUGCGCGGUGACCGAAAUGUGGAGCUCAUCCUGCUCACAGCUAAGAAACCAACUAUAUGCUUACUGAAGAACAUCGCUAAACAGCUACCUAAAGAAUUGGCGACAUUUUCUGAAGAUCAGUAUGAGGUGCAGGCUCACCCCGAGGAGGCGAACAUCGUGAUAUUUUCAAGCAAGGAGCCCAAAAUGCAGGUGACCAUUUCUCUCACCUCGCCGCUGAUGAGGGAGGACCCUGCCACUGAGAAGGACAAGCAGGCAGGAGGAAAAGCGGCUGAGAAAGGUGUGGAUGAAAAGGAUCCUCCUGAUCUGCUGAAUAAGAAGAAAUGUUUGGAAUACCUUGCUGCUCUCCGUCAUGCCAAAUGGUUUCAGGCUCGGGCAAACGGGCUUCAGUCCUGCGUGAUCAUCAUACGGGUGCUGAGAGAUUUAUGUCAGCGGGUGCCCACCUGGGGUAAAAUGCCGGGCUGGGCAAUGGAGCUGCUGGUGGAGAAGGUCAUCAGCAGUGCUACAGGCCCACUGAGUCCUGGAGAGGCCAUGAGGAGGGUCCUGGAGUGCAUCUCCACUGGCAUUCUGCUACCAGAGGGGCCAGGUUUGUUGGACCCAUGUGAGAAAGACUCAACAGAUGCUUUGGAAAAUAUGACACUUCAGGCCAGAGAAGACAUAACUGCAAGUGCACAGCAUGCACUGCGGCUGCUGGCUUUCCGUCAGAUCCACAAGGUGCUCGGCAUGGAGUCUCUGCCAGCGUCGAAGGCCAGUGCUCGUAACCGCAAACGCCGACGGGACGUCAGCGACACAGGCGAAGGGGAGGGGGAGGGCAAAAAAGACAAGAAAGAGGAAACGGCCAACGCUUGACCUCUGCACAUUUGCUAGUUUUAGAGACUGGUAGAAUGUUACAAACGUAAAACUUUAUCUUGAAAACAAUCUUAACACACAACUAUACACGUGAACAUGACUGACAUCACAUAUUACAUGUCGACUUUUGAACUGAAGAAUAAUGUGUUAGAGAAGGAGGGCUGAUGUUUUGAAAACUACUGCAGUCCUACCAAAUAGUCCUUUUCCUGCAGUGUUCCUGUAGUGUACUACGUGAGCAAAAGAAAACUGGUUCAGUGAAGAUUGACGACUUUUACUGAUAGCAUCAUUCCAUUUCAGUUUACUUGCACACUAACUACUACCAUCCUGCUUAUUCACAACAGUUUCAACAUAUGUUAGUAUUUUUUCUGUAUUCAAGGUUCUCUGAUAUGGAAGCCUCCACUACACUUUAAAUAUCAGUUCCUUAAGCUUUAUUUUAAGCUUUUUCUCAAAGGACAAGUUGGAAUCGUACUCAUCUCCAGGCCAGUUGAAAUUUACUAGCAACAUUUCGAGUUGAAUGAGGCUCCUGCCGUUGCCUGACGUCUGUACAGUGGGGGGUAUUUUUAGUCUGAUUAAAAAAAACAUGGGGCUUUAAAGUCAUUGAAAGCUUUGAAACUGUGAGAGAUAGGAGAUGACUGAUAGAUCUUUUCCACCAAAUGAGUUCUGCCUCUUGAACUGGUUCAGUGAUUCUACAGAUUUAGAAUUGAACUGUGCUAAUCACAGAUGAGUCAUCAACAGUGGUCGAUGCAUGCUUACAGUCAUGUUAUUACAUAUUAGCCCUUCAGCUCCAGACAACUUUCUUCUAACCUUAGUCAUCCGUCAAGUGCAGCUUGCAGGUUAACAACUGCAGAACAUCAAGUAUGUAGGGAAAGUGGUCUCUCAAGUGGAUUUCAAUGAUUUUUAUCUCCAUAAAAUUAGAGUAACAUUUGGAUGUUUUUCUUAAAGUUUACAGUUUGCAGGAUAAACAAAGAACCUUGUAUGAUUUAGCUCAGGUUAACAUUUAACAAUAAGAAAUAUAUGGAUAUUGUGAAAAAAUAUAUAUAUUAUCAAUGAUACAUAUUCAUUUUGAGCAGUCUUAUUAUUUUGAGCCUGCUUCAUUAAAGGAACCUCAAACAGAUAAGAAGAAAUGACUGUAAAUACUUUUACACUUUGUAUUUGAGUCUCCUGUCCAGAUAAACAUUAACCCUGUUGGUCUGGUUUUAACUCUGGUGAGAAUCGGUACAACUACAGCAGCCAUGUGAUUUUUCUUACAGUAACUGUACUUUUUCCCUUAGACUACAUUAUUAGUUGAGAUAUUAAAAGGAGAGUACUGUGUUUUGGCUCCAGUAGAUUGAUUUUCCUGGAGUUUUAAGUAAAAUACUGAGUUGUAUUGCAGAGAAAAUAUAAAAUAAGAUGCAGUUUUCAGGAAAAAAAAAUUACUGGUGAGGGUGAGUUUAUAACAUUCUGAGUUGUUCAUAGCCCUGGUCAUGUGUUUUACAGUUUCCAUUCACAAAAUUCCUUUUCCUUGUAAAUAAUGUUUGAAGAAAAUUUUAGCACAUAUAUAUUUGUUUCUCUUCAAUAAAAGUGUAACAUUCAGGAAAAAAAAGUUUAACCUGCAAGUUGCACUUUUUAGUUUGUUCUUGCAAAACCAGUCUGAUUCUAUUUCUUUUACCAUUUUUUUCAUUUGAACUGAAACAAUACUCAAUCACUACCAUAUGUUUUAGUUUGCAGUUGUUGCACAGUUUGUUUUUUGGUCUCACAGACUUGAUUUCCACCAUGUCAGUAGAAUAUGAUACACCCACAACUUCAGGUUGAAGGAAAACUCAAGGUUCAGAACCGUGUUUUUGGAUCAGAAUGUUGCAAAUGGUUCAAGAUUAAGUUUGUGAAAUGGGAACAGCAGCGGUUUGAUGUUGGUGGAAAAAGAUCUACAUUCAUAAAGUACUGUGAUGUUCACUGUACCUAAGAUGUACCAUAAGUAAUAAACCUGUGUGACCCUGGAGUGCAAAACUAAUAUUUCCUUCCUGAAACCUUCAUGGCACCUUCGCAUCAUCUCCCGUUUAGCUAUAGAUACUUCUCUUCAGUAUAUUUUUAGAAACUGACAGGGUUUUGAUCACACCUUGCAAACAAAGCUUCACCACAAUCGCUUCCCCUUUUAACUCUGUGGAGGAUCACAGUCUCCAAUGAGAGAAUCUCUUGUGUUGCACAGUCUGUAGCAUGCUGAGAGAAUGAAGCACUUACAAAAUGACAUUGUAACUGUAUGCAGCCAUAACAUUAUCAGUUAAAUAUGCCUAGUAAUCAUAUUUUCUUCCACAGUAUGUUUAGCUGAUGAGAGAAGCUUCAGUCAGAAAAAAAGAAGUGUAAGACUGAAAAUCUAUUGUAAUGAUUCAAGUGGUUAAAUAGUCUUUUUGACUUUUCUUCCUUGUGCCUGCAUCAUGUCGUGUGUUACCAGAAGACUGAGAAAAGGGGAACAUUUAAUGUGGUAUUUUUGUCCAUUAAUGUAACGAUUUUCACCAAGGUCAUGGACAGGAAAGGGACAAAUGCAACUCUUUGGCUUGAAAGUUCACGCAAGAAGAAUAUUAUUGUGCAGUUCGUUUUUUUAGUUUGACUUCAUUUACUGAGAGUGUCAUGUAAGUAUUGCUUAUUUUAUUUCUGAAGGAUGUUGAAAUCUUUUUUGUAUUGUUCAAUGGAAAGUGUGAACGGUGCUGUCCUAUAAUUUGAUUGUCUUUGUAGUGUUACCCAAAAAUUAAGGGGAGAUAAUUAAACACUUUUAAGCCAUU